AUGGCAUCCCACCAAUCAAAAUUGCCAAUAAAAUCUUUCGAUUAUUCGGAACUUCUUGAAAAUUUUCUUUAUCUUGGUAGUAGUCAAACGUCGAAGAAUUUAGAAGGUCUUCAUUCAUUAAAUAUUACUCAUAUAGUAAAUUUAGCUGGUAAAUGUCACUAUCCAUCGGAAUUUACUUAUGGUGUAUUUCACAUUAACGAUGGCGUAUCGAAAAAUAAAUGUGAAAAAAAUCUGCCUCUAACACUACAAUUUAUUGAUCAAGCUCGUCGAGAAAAGCAUUCGAAUCGUGUACUAAUUCACUGUCGUGGUGGAAUGAGUCGAACACCAUUUAUAGCUAUUGUCUAUUUAAUGCAUUCCACGAAUAUGUCAUUAAUUGAAGCAUUUAAUCUCGUUAAAAAUUGUCGACCACAAAUUCACAUACACGAAGAACAUUGUAAAGCGUUAGUAGAAUUUGACAAAUCAAAUAGUUGUACAUUAGACUUCUUAAUGAAUAAAUAA